CUGAUCUGUGUGUAUGUAUUUUGCGAAUGACCUGCCGAUGCCCCUUCCACCAUGUGUUUGUUUGUCCAUUCCUCGAUACUGACAAACCAGAGCGCAUUCUCCUCACGCAGAGGUAGUGGCGCUAACAAACCGGAAACAAUGGACUUCAUGUCAGAAGGAGGAACUUCAUUAUUCCGCGCCAGUCACGUAAAGGUAGUGGAGUUGGGAUUUGGGUCCUGCUAUGGAGCUGGUCAGAUCGACGUUUGUCGCGGAUAUCGAAAUGACUGUAUGGGUAUAAAAUGCGCCUAGCCGCGCUCAGAUCUGAGGUUGGCCUCUCUGGGAAACAUGAUAAGGCCGUAAAUCGCGCACAAGGUAUUACAAAAUUCUCAGGUAUGGUGCCAGAUCAAUCUGUCAACACCGACUUCUCUCUCACGCGAGGUAUGGGGUGUCUUGACGCCGCCUCUGCCGCCCCCUCAUGGAUGAGAGAGACAAUCGGUGCGCGCCCUCCCUCGUGUGCAUUUGCGAUUUCAUGGAGCGGUGUGGGCUAGAUCUCGUCCAAAAAGAAUCGCCCCAUAGCUUCGUGUCACCAAGGUGUUAUACCCC